AUGAAUAAUGACAAUUUUACCGAGGCCGAAGAAGGAAUUGAAAACAUCGGCAAAGUCCAACGUGAGCUUACCGGUAUUAUUACAUCCCAAGAAAUUAUUAAUAAGACUAAUGAAUUACGAGAGAAAUUAGAUAACUUGGCUAGGAAUCUUCCGAAUCAGAAUGAUUUUAGUAACAUUGACAAGUACUUUGAGAGACCGCCCAGAGAUCUCUUAGCUAAAUUAAAACAAGUUUCAGCACGCAGUCCUCAAUACCAGCAAGCUUACACAACUCUGUUAGGAAAACUAAGGCAGAAUUUUAGUCUGGCAAUAGAUGAAGUUGGAAAGAUUCCCAUGAAGCAACGUUCCGCGAAACUACGUCCCAUAAAUCAUGCGUUAUGCUUUAUACCAGAUGAGUUGCAAGCUCCAUUCAAAGCACAUAUUGAGGAAAUGACUACGAGCAUCAAGAAUGAAGAACAAGAGUAUAAGCGUGAUUUAGACAGUUCUCUUAAAUGUGCAGAUGACAAUGAACAUGCAUUCAUGAAAAUGAGCAAGCUUGCCGAACAAUUUAAGGAGAAAAACAUGGAUGAAUUUUCUGAAAAAAUGAAUGAAGAAAUUUUAAGAAGAUUGCAAAUGUAUCAAACAAACUUACAGAGUUCUUUAGAUGAGAAUGAUAUGCAAGCUGCUCUUGAUAUUAUGGAAAAAAUUAUCCAAUAUAAAGGAUCUGUAUCUGAAUACAUUCCAGGAAUAAAAGGGAUCUAUGAGACAACUCGCAAAUCAACAAUAAAAAGUUUUGAACGCUGCUCGAAAGUUCUUGCUGAGAUAUCGAAGAUUGAAAAACCAGAAAUUGGUGAAAAAGCACUCAGCAAUACAAUUGCUUGUGUUAAUUUUUCCCAUAAGCAAGACACUACUGACGGAAAAUUCUUACCAGAAAUUGCUAUGCAAAACUGUACGAAAGAUCUGAAGAUAAUGCGAGACUAUUUCGAGGAAAAUUCUAGAAACUAUCAGGACGCUCUUAAAGAAAUGGCCGUUGAUAAUUUACAUACAGUUAUAAGCAUAUCCAAGAAAUGGGAAAAACUUUUGGAUAGGGUUAAGGACUUUUCCAUGAAGGAUGGUGCAAUGAAAAGUUUGAUCCCAGACGUUCAAAAUGUAGCUACACAUGCCACUAUGGUUUCUGAUGUGUCCAAGGAAAUAAAGUCUUUAAAAGCUCAACUAAAUGUUGAACUUAUCAGUGAUGAAACCACCAAAUUUGAAACCAAACGUGAAGAGUUUUUCAGUCAACUUAAGAAAUCAAUCAGUAAAUUAAAAGAAAUCGAUGCUAAACUUCAAGAUGUUCUGCCAACUCCCGUCAAUGCAAAGGAAUCAGAAGAGAAUCUCAAAAUGAAAGCUAAGAAAAUUGGCAAACAGCUUCUUGAUACUGCAUCAAAACCCGAACUUAAUCAAGUAGAAUGUGAUCAUUUUCGCAAGUAUUACGAGCAUCUUAUAGCUUUUGAUAAGCAUCUGAGUCUUCCAGAUGUGGAGGCUCAAUCAACUGUAGACACAUCCACGGUAAAAGUUUUCGAAAAAGUAACAUCGUGUUGUAAAGAAUUUGCGAAUUCUGGCAAAGAUCUAGGGAAGGCCGCUGAGGCGUUAGUCGCAGUAAAAUUAUUUGCUGAAAAUCUACCGAUGUUUGAUAGUCAAAUCAAUACAGACAUAGAUGAAGCACUAAAAAAGUCCAAAUAA